CAACGGCAUAAGGGGGGGAGCGGGACACGACCCCGGGCGGUUUGCAACCACCGAGAACCGUCGCGUUUCAUGGCUGCUCCCGCCGUGGAAAGCUUCGCCGUCGCGGCGCUCCGCUCCGUCAUGGUCCGAGUCCGCCAGGCGGCCGAGCGGUCCGGCGCGCGUGCCGAGAACGUGCGCGUCGUGGCCGUCUCGAAAACCAAGCCGGUCUCUCUGAUCCGCGACGUCUACGACGCGGGCCACCGCCGCUUCGGCGAGAAUUACGCCCAGGAGUUCGUCGAGAAAGCUCCGCAGUUGCCCGAGGACAUCGAGUGGCAUUUCGUGGGGCAUUUGCAGAGCAACAAAGCCAAAAUGCUUCUCUCUGCAGUUCCAAAUUUGGCGAUGGUUGAGGGUGUGGACAACGAGAAAAUUGCUAACCAUCUUGAUCGUGCAGUUUCAAGCCUCGGAAGAAAUCCAUUGAAGGUCUUGGUCCAAGUGAACACCAGUGGAGAAGUAUCUAAAUCUGGUGUGGAGCCUGCAAAUUGUUUGGAGCUUGUGAAAUAUGUCAAAUCACGGUGCCCCAACUUGGAAUUUUCUGGCUUGAUGACAAUAGGGAUGCCAGACUAUACAUCAACUCCAGCGAAUUUCAAGGCACUUUCAAACUGCAGAACUGAGGUUUGCAAGGCACUAGGAAUCAAGGAGGAGCACUGUGAGUUGUCAAUGGGCAUGUCCGGUGACUUCGAGCAAGCGAUUGAGAUGGGGAGCACAAAUGUGAGAAUUGGUUCCACCAUAUUUGGCCCCAGGGAUUAUUCGAAGAAGCGAGCGAAUUAGCGUGCUCUUUACCUGAUGCAUGAGUGAAAUGGCAUUGGUCCGUGCAUGUAACCUUGUAAUCUGUUGAUUAAGGUAUCUUGCAGUCAGUCAAUUAAGUGUCUAUUAUUUGAUUGAUCGGAUGUCUACAAUGGCUAGGCCUUUGUAUCCAUGGAUUCUGUAGUCAUUGCUGCAAAACUUAAAGCAAAAGAAAAUCAAGCUUCAAGCCCGAGAAAGAGUGUGCAUUCAUGGAAUUUCCUCAGGAUAGUUGCUGUUUCUAGAAUUCGAUAGGGAUUUUUUCCUGAUGGAAAGCAUCUUGGUGAUGCUUUCUUAACUUGCUCUGUAUAGAAUAGAGGAGCUACACAGAUUAGGAUCGUGAUGAUGAUGAUUACAAUGCAGAGGCAAUUAAGACGGUGAUCCAUGAGGACCAGAAGGCACUGUAUAAUACAGAAGACUUGAGUAUAUUUCUCCAAUAGCUCAGAAAACUUGCCAAGCACGAGUAUUGUCACAAAUUACAUGAGAAAUGAGAAGUGAAGUGGUAGUUUUGGCA